GGGACUCUUCAGCACGAGGGAGCCGUGGCUGCUGCAGGGGGUCACAUCCAGCGUCUCCGUGAUGAAGCCACUUGCCCCAUCUGCCUGGAUUACUUCAAGGAUCCAGUGACCAUCCCAGAGUGUGGGCACAACUUCUGCCGAUCCUGCUUGGCCCAGUGCUGGGGGGAGGCAGAGGCUUCCUGCCCUCAGUGCAGAAAAAGAAUCCAGAGAAGGAGCCUCGUCUGCAACUGGCAACUGGCUAAUAUGGUGGAAAUAGCCAAGAAUCUCGGCCUUCAAGAGGGAAAGGAGGAAGGAGGGAAAGGGAGAAUCUGCGAGAAGCACCAGGAGCCCCUGAAGCUCUUCUGCAAAGUCCAUGAAGCCCCCAUCUGCCUGGUGUGUGACAGAUCCAAGGAACAUGAAAAUCACAAGGUGAUUCCUCUGGAGGAGGCUUCCGAGGAAUACAAGGGAGAGAUCUGUCACCGCCUGGAGAUUCUGAGGAAAGAGAGAGGAAAUUCUGGCCUAUCGAGCAGAUCUGGACAAGGAAAGCAAAGACCUCCUGAAAUUAACAGAAACAGAGAGGCUGAAGAUUGUGGAGAAGUU